GAUCAAACAUUAUUAUAUAUCGAAGAACACACAUGCGCAUGCGCCCAAUCAGAUUUAACAGCGUGCGCAUAGGUGCAUAUAUAUACACGGCACAAUGAUCAGUACGCACUCGCCAAACCAGAAUCCUAUCUACUGCUAAAUCCAGCGUCUCUUCGCAUAAUUAACCUUAGGUCGCACGCCAUGAUGAACAUGAGCCACGACGACUACGUCUCCCUGUGCCUCAUGGCCCUCGCCUCCGCGCAAUCAGGCGGCUGCGGCCAAGCAGUGGAGACCAGGCAAAUGCAAUGGCUACAGACCUCUACGACAGCGGCGCCGCCCUGCGAGCUCCGGUUCCGGUGCUCCGUCUGCGGGAAGGCCUUCCCGUCCCACCAGGCGCUCGGCGGGCACAAGGCCAGCCACCGGAAACGGACGGCGCCACUGCCCGUGCGUGUAAUAAGCGCGUCGUCGUCGGCCGAGGAAACUACGACAGCGUCCUCUAACACGACGUCCGGCGCCGGGGGCAAGCACAGGUGCUCCGUGUGCCACCGGAGCUUCGCGACGGGGCAGGCGCUCGGCGGGCACAAGAGGUGCCAUUACUGGGACGGGCUCUCGGUGUCUCUCUCGCCCACGGCUACGGGUUCCGGUUCCGGUUCCGGGUCGUGCGUCAGGGAUUUCGACCUCAACUUGGUGCCGGCGCCCGAGAUGGCCGCCGCCGCCGCUGGAAUGAGAAGGUGGGGAGAAGAAGAGGAGGUGCAGAGCCCGUUGCCGAUAAAGAAAAGGCGGCUCCUAUCAAGUCCUUCCUCGAAGCUUAAUUUAACAACUUGCUAGUUGAUUGUAAAGCAUUCGGACCAUUCAUUCAUUAUUUUAUUUCACUUGAUCGCUCAGUCCAUUGCUAACGAGCGCUGGUUAGGCCACCUUUUCCUUGUUUGUAACGAAGAUGCCCCCGCUAUUUUCUGCAAUUGA